AUGCAAAGCAAAGAACGAGAGAUCCACGGAUCUUGGAUGACGGAGGAAAAAAUGCGAAACUCGGGGGAGUUCUCAGAGGAGUCUAUCCAGUCGAUCGUGAAGUACUGCCGACGCUUCCCACAGACAUUGGUGAGGAAAUGGAAAUAUGAUGGCAUGGUCGACGAAUACUUCGUAGAGACUGAGACGAAGGCCAUCGUCAGACAAUCCGAAUUGAUCAAGAUCCGUGAAGAAAAGGAGCGGGAGGCAGACGACACCAAGCUGCACACACUAAAACUACAUUCAUGUGCAUGCAUUACGCAAGUUUACGUGCGUGCCUUUACUGUGUCAAGCGAUUGUGUAGAGUCUUCUCCAAGGCUUCCACGGCCGCCGAGCUGGACAAGAUCAACAUCAACUUGGGUUGGAAGGACGAGAAGGACGAGACCCCGAUUCCCGAGAAGAUGGGUGAGAAGGUGGGCUCAUCGUACAUAG